AUAUUGCGGGACAAGCGUCAGCGCGUCUCCAGUUUUUGCAUCGCCAUUUGCAUUUGCCCAGAUUCCUUCACCGCCAUGGUAGAGGUUGAUGCUGCAUUCAUCCAAGCCCUUGAGCACCGGCCGAAGCCCGCCGUCGUCGAAGCCGAGGGCAUCCCUCUCAUCGAUCUCUCCGCCAUCAACUCCUCCGACUCUGCCGCAGUCGCCGCCCUUGCCGCCGAGAUCGGCCGUGCCUGCGAGACCUGGGGCUUCUUCCAGGUCAUCAACCACGGAGUACCGUUGGCCUGUCGGGAGAAGAUGGAGUCGGCGUCGAGAAAGUUCUUUGCGCAGUCCUUGGACGAGAAGCUCAAGGUGAGGAGAGACGAGAAGAAUCCGGUGGGAUACCAUGACGGCGAGCACACCAAGAACGUCCGGGACUGGAAGGAGGUCUACGAUUUUGUCCAGAAAGUUCCGACCAUCAUUCCGGCCUCUCCCGAGCCUGAUGACAGGGAAGUGGUGUUGCUUCGUAAUCAAUGGCCCGAUUACCCUCCUAACUUCAGGGAAGUGUGGGAAGAGUACGUUGUAGAAAUCGAAAAACUAGCUCAUAAGCUGUUGGAACUGAUCUCCCUGAGCUUAGGCCUGCCGGGAAACCGCUUCAUGAACUUCUUCGACGAUCAGACCAGCUUUCUGCGACUCAACUACUAUCCGCGCUGCCCCGUUCCCGACCUGGCCCUCGGUGUCGGCCGGCACAAGGACGCCGUCGGGAUGACUGUUCUUGCUCAGGAUGAUGUCGGAGGCCUCGAAGUACGGCGAAAGUCCGACGGGGAAUGGGUCCGAGUUAAACCUACCCCCAAUGCUUAUAUCAUCAACGUUGGGGAUAUUAUUCAGGUGUGGAGCAAUGAUAGGUACGAGAGUGUGGAGCACAGGGUGACGCUGAACUCAGAGAGGGAUAGGUUCUCGAUUCCCUUCUUCUUCAACCCAGCACACACCACCGUGGUUGAGCCCCUGGAAGAGUUGGUUGAUGAGCAUAGUCCUCCCAAGUACAGGGCUUUCAACUGGGGAAAGUUCGUCGCUGCCAGAAACCUCAGCAAUUACAAGAAGCUCCAUGUCGAUAACCUCCAGAUCUAUCAUUUCAGCCUAUCCGCCUUGAAUGAUCUUCACUAAAUCAUUUCAUCAUCGAUCGUGACAUCCACCAUCCAUCCGUACGUGCAUUAUUAUGUGUGUGUGUGUGUGAGCUUAAUUAUUUGAGUAAUGCUGUUUGUACAGAAGUUUUACAGAAUGAGAUAUAUCGUGAUAUAUUGAUGAUAAAUUGAAGCAACAAAAUCACGAUAUAUUGAUGAUAAAUUAGGUUAAAUGAAAAGAGGGAAACCCUUCCCUCUUUCCAAACCCCUCAUCUCUCAACCGAGCCACCAUUCAAGCUGCUUUCUCCACAACCCCUUCACCGACAGCGAGAGUUAGCGCCACCUGAAAUUUGCAAGAGUAAAAGAAGUAUGUGAGUUUUUCUCCAUCGUUCUCCACUGGCGAAGGCACCAACUACUGUGCUCCGAAUUUAAACCAAAAGCGGACUCGCCGUUGCAUCAGUGCUAUCACCCCUCACCUUGACAGAGUCUAUCGUCGUUCCUAGAGAAAAACGUCAGCGUUUCUUGUGAAGAUCCAAUGAUCUGACCACUGAAAGUUAAAUAAUUUACUGUUUUGCAAAAACUAUAAUCUGCCUCCAAUCUCCAUUUGCCACUAACUUCAUCUUUUAUUAACCUACAUUUAAAAAAGCAAUUAUUGAUCAUCUAUAUACAAGAAUCAAUUUUAUUA